CAACACCUGAGUGUGAGCAUUCGAUGAAAGCGGCCACUGCGCGACACCUCAGCGCACACACUCCAAGCCGCUGCUGCUUGCCUCGGACCCUGUCGUUCAGAGCUCAGCCGCCAUCGCCGCCGCGGCCGUCAACAUGGCUACUCGCUACUCUGCUUCGAGACAACUCAACCUCCGCCCGUCGAUCCCCUCGCUCUCUCCUUGACCAGACAACUCCCAACCCAGCGACCACACACUACGAGCCCUCGCCGAGCUACCCGUCCAUUUCACUGAAACCCUACCCGUCCAAUGUCCAGGCCAGCAUCAAUCGGGACCUGUCAAGCACCCGUCCCCCACCACUCGAAACACCUCCACCUCUAAAACGCACCGACUACGAUGACGGCGAGAUCCCCUUGCGCGAUAAAGCACAACGGCUCUUCCGAGUCGGCAAGGCUUAUCUGACAUUCUACAAGACGGGCUUCAAGAGCAUCUGGAGCAAUUAUAAAGAGCUUCGAGCCAUCCACGCCCGACUCGGGACCAGCAAGCUCGAGAACAUUAUCAAAUAUGGCAGUGCAGAUGCAGUCACUGAUCAGAAGAAUGAAACCCGCAAGUCUGAGGCUGAUGUCAAGCGUGCCACUUCGCAAGCAGGCGACAGGAACGGCCAUUCAACGCCGACGGUAACCCGACGAGACUACCAACUCGCCCUACGUACCCGCCACGACCUGUAUAAACUGGUCCCCUUCUCCCUGAUAUUUGCCAUCUGCGGUGAGUUCACGCCACUGGUCAUCCUGGCCAUCGGAUCCGCCGCGGUCCCAUAUCCAUGCCGCAUUCCAGCACAAGAACAGCAAGAUUUCCUGCGACCGGUGAAGAUCCAGCCACGGGUCGAUGAAGCUGCCAAACGCAUACCCGAGUCCAACUCCAACUCAAAUACCGAGCAGGUAGAGUGGAAGCAAGAAUUCAUAGACGCCCACCGCCUGCAUCUGAACCCAUUGCUCACCCCCAUCCCGGUGAUCGGUCCUCUCUGGCACAGACUCUACUCUGGGCCCCGAUUACGCCGGCAUUGCGACGAAGUCCUAUGCGACACGAUCCUGAUUCGACGCGAAGGCGGCUUCGACAAACUUUCUCCGCGCGAAGUGUUCCAGUGGAGUCUGAAGUAUGGCCUACGCACGCUGACAGAGUACAUGGACGACUUAAAGCGCCAGGGGAAGCCCCUUGACCCGGACUCGCCAGAGCUGAAGAAGAUACUGCUUCCGCUAGUAGAGGCGGAGGCGGAUUACAUUCUCAAUGUCGAUUGGAGGCGGGUCAAGCCCGAGGAUCAGUGGCGGGCUGUGUUCAGACCUCAAGGACCGGCUAAAGUUGUAACGCCUGACGAUCGACAUCUUAUGAGUCGAUGAUGCGAGUCGUGUCUUCGGGCCGCGAUAUGUAUCUGAUAUGAAGACUCAUUGUAGUGUACACACUAAAGAACUGUAUUCUAGCUGGGCCUUUGAACUUCUGUCAGGCAAAGAGCUUUCCUG